UAGUCAAAUUUGCCCAGCACUUUCGCUGGGAUUUUCAUUCAAGUAGAAACUGUCGAAACUGUUGCAAACCCUCCUGACUACUAUGUUUUGGACGAAAAGUUUUAUUAAUUUAAUGUUUUUGUAUAUUGUAUUCUGUCCAUGAGCGUAACAGAGACAGACAGAGAAAGGGAGAGAGAGAUACUGAGAUACAGGGCCCCGGCCCGCAGGCAGAGAGACAGAGAGGGCGAAAGCGAGCUAAAGCGGGUGCGAGCGAGAGAUCGCCGCACGCACACACAUAAACCUGUACAUAUAUAUAGUAUCAGCAAAAAAUAAGUCUAAAGUCGCUAUUCGAUUCUGCGAAAACUUCAACGAUUUUUUCGUACCUAUAUAUGUAUGUACCCACACAAACGCUGCGUCACCAAAUACGUAUACAUUAGAUCAGUCUUGCAAAAAGGGAGUCGCUUUCCACAGGCUUUUUACGAGUUCCACUGCUUUUGAGAGAUAGGCUAUAGACACAACAAUGUCAUCAAUUUUGGCGGAUGCGCCUGUAAUUGAUUUGGUGGAGGAUUUAGAGGAUGGUGAAAUUGACGAUGAUGACGAGGAGGAGGAGCAGCAACCGCCACCAAAUUUUCCGGCCCAAAAGAAAGUUUCCCCAGGGGAUGAAGAGGUCCAAUUUGUGGGCAUCGAGGUUAAGGACAAAAUCACCGACGAGGAUGUCGUCUAUAUGGGAUUAUCUGCAGAUUCUGCAGGACCACAAAACAACAAUAGCAGCAAAUCCAAGAAGCCUAGGCCAUUGGAAGAUGACCAUGCUAGCAGCAUCGAGAAUGCCAUUGCCAAUGCCUUAAAAAAGAAGGGCAUAGAACCACCAAUGCCUAGGAUGCGUUCGUCUAACCAGGAUUUGGGGGAUGCGUCCUUGGAGGGAUCCGGUGAAUUAUUAUCUGGCGGCGGAAAUCAUCUCCAGCAGCCAAGUCGCAGCAGCAGGCGAAGGAAACGCAAAAAAGAACGCGAGCGAGAGCAAAAGAAGGACAAGGAGCACCAGAAACGGUCCCGCCGUGAAGAUGGUGAUGUGUCUAGUGUGGCGGGCUGUGCUGGCAGUGAUGACAUGGACGAAUAUGAGAUGAUGAACGUACGCGGCGGCAGUCCGCCGCCCGGAGGAGUAGCACCACCCUCUUCCGGUAGUGGUGGUCAGCGUUUUAGCGCUCCUGAUUGGGACUUAGCCGACGGCCCAGCCGUGGGACCGGGAGCUGCCCUUGGAGGCGGAGGAGGCGGCUAUGAAUCGCAGCAGGAUCCCUACAGCAGCUACGAUUCUUAUUCCGAUGAGGAGGUUUCUGCACCUGGUUUGGUAAACCAAAGGCGUCGAAUGCGGAGAGAGAGAGAAAAGGAGCAGCAGCGUGUUGGCAAUAACCGCAAGCGAAGGGAUCGUGAUCGCCAUGAGGGAGGUGGAGCUGGAGGAGGAGCCAAGCGAAAUCGUCGUGAUUCCGGUGAGGGAGGUGGUGGUGUCGGUCAGGAGAAGAUGGGCGGUAGCGGUCGCAUUGAACCCCGCAAACUUGAGCUGUGCAAGUUCUAUUUGAUGGACUGUUGUGCCAAACGAGACAAAUGUUCUUAUAUGCACAAGGAGUUUCCCUGCAAGUACUAUUACCUGGGCAUGGAUUGCUAUGCCGGCGACGAUUGUCUCUUUCAUCACGGCGAACCGCUUUCCGAGCAGCUGCGCAACAUCUUGCUGAAACACAUGGAGACGGCACCUAAAGAGAUCCUUGGUGAUUUUAAACGAAUAUCGAGAGAAAUUGCACUGGGGCAGAUGACGCGACGGCACGAACAGUUGUGCGAGCAAUUUAAGCGGGAGAAUACGUGGAGCAUAAUGGGCAGUGCAGGAAUGGGCAGGCGACAGGACCAGCAACAGCACGUGCAGCAGCAGCAGCAGCAGCAGCAGCAGCAGCAGCAGCACAUACAGCAGCAACAGCACAUGCAGCAGCAACAGAUACAGCAGCAACAGGAACAACAGGCGGGUGCGGAAGUCGGUGGCUGCAUCCCCUCUCUUUUAGACAUGGUUAUCAAUCCACCGCAUCCGGAGAAAAAGCGCAAAUCCCGUUGGGCUGAGAAAACGGCAGCCAAGGCAGCAGCUGGUGGAGCAGUUUCUUCAGAAGCGGGCGACACAUCGCCAGCUGCUAAACCAUUACCACAACAUUUAGACUUAGUCAAUCUCAGUCACGUGUUGAGUACGGAAAACAUGGCCAAGCUGAACAAGUUGGGCAUUACCAACCUGGAGCAGAUGUUGCAGGUGCCGUUUGGUCAGUUAACCGAGGCUGGUCUAACUCUGGUUGAGAUUGGAGAGAUUCAGCGCAAGGCCGAGGACGCCAAGCCACAGACGCAUACCGAAACGACAAUCAGCACUCCCAUUGCCAAGCCAGACACGGAGACCAACAAUAGCAACUCCAACAGCAAUGGGUUUAUUAUGGUGGACUAUACGCAGUAUCUGAAGGAUGCACACGUCAGCUUUUCGGGCAAUGAUCCGCUGGACGAUGAUCGAGAUGAUGACGAACAACUGGUCAUAGACGACGGCAACGAGUCCACCCCUGAGGAGGAGCAACAACCAAAGCCGGCAAAAGCACCGACAGUCGACCUCCAGGACUCCGCCACAGAGGAGGCACCCUUGCCUUCUGUUUACGAUUUGCCAAGCUUUAUGAGCAACAUGCUAGGCCAGGGAUCCUCGGCAACUCAACUGCUGCCAGCCAGUGCCACGUCGCCCAAUCAGGAGAUGCCACAAUUCGCUGCAGUAGAGCAAUCGGGACUUAAACCCUCGUCCAGCGGAGGCAGCACCUCCACCCAUGUGUUCAGUCGGAUUCUGUUCGGCGACAAACAAUCGGAUCCCGAGGCUAGAGCGGCUUUCUACCGCGACAUUAUACGAAAUCCUUUCAAGGCGCAUAGCGGCGACGGAGAUGUGGACUCCAGUAAUGAGAACUCCAAUUCAAAUUCACGUUCGCUGACACCGACUCCUACUCCAGAGCCGGGAUCACAGUCGCCGAAGCAGGAGGAUCCAGAUGAAGAGAUGCCAGAAUUACCUGCCAUUACGGCAGCGUUGCCGCCAACAACUCCCUCGCUUUAUGUGCGUCCUUCCAUGUAUGAUUUUGAUCCUUCCAAAGUGGAAGAACAGCAGCGGCGGAGGGAGCCUCUCCUGGAGGAGGAGCUGCGCCAGCGUGAUAUAGACAUGCGACUUCCUUUCGAGCCAAUGAAACACUAUAUGCCCGCCACCGAAAUUGAUGCGGCGAUCUUCUCGCACACUCCGCUCCGCUGGCAGCUGCAGGAGGUGUCCGUGGAGGAAGCCAGCUAUGCUCAAAUCAGGGCCAGCGCUAUGCAUAAGGAGCAGCGUGAUCUACGGGAUCCUCGCAUGCGUCGUAUUCUGGGUUUACCCGAAAUGCCGGACAAUAGUGCAACCAUGGGAUCGAUGGGAUUAGCGGGAGCGGGCUCGUUAUCGAGUGACUCCUUUGGACGUUCCGGGGCGAGCAUAGCCUCGCCGGAGUCUGAGACCAAUGUACGUGAUACCACGCCCAGUUCUCCACCCCCGACGUUUGCCAAUUUACCAUCAAUGAGUGUCCCACCGCCAUCGAUGAGCGUACCGCCUCCGAAUCUACAGAUUGAAAAGCCUCCGGUACGGACAGAUCCACGUCGCGAUCCUCGGCGAGCCCAUCUUCAGGCUCAAACUCAAGCAGCUGCGAGUACGGCGAACCCGACACCUACCACAACCAAUGCCACUGGUGGCAGUAAACAAAUAUCUGAAAUCCGCAGCCUCAUGCAAAGCUCAAACUGGUACAAGAAUCUGGGCAGCAACAAUAAGAUAAUGGUAAAUCAACAACUAGCGUUGGUCUUUACCGAGCUAAAAAAAUUUCAUCAGCUACCCGAGGGCGCUCAAAAAAUUUUUGAUGUCAGCUUUAUAGUGAACAACCCAACGUUGCAGCAAAUCUUUGCUAAGCUCUUCAUAUUCGUGGAUGAUAAUGGUCAGGUGGUGCAGAUGCCCGAGGAGAAUAAUGCUGGUGGAGUACCUGUAGCAGCAGCAGGAGUAGGAGUGGUUCUGCCCAAUCUAUCGCAACCUCCUCCAAAUCUGGCCCAGAUGUUAAGGGUACCGCCGCCAAAUAUUCGACUGCUACGCAUGUCCGGAAUGAUGAUGCAAAUGGGCAAUCUGGGACCCCAAUUUAAUCAACCACCACCGCGAGCUGGAUUGCUGGGUAUGCCGCCAGGAGGCAAUGGAGGAAACCUAGGAGGAUUAAACCAAGGAGGAGGACCUGUGCCUAAUGGCAAUCCCUUUAACCCAUUUGCCGGCGGAGCAGGCAACAAUGGAGGAGGAGUUGGCGGAAUGGGCAACAUGAAUUCCAUGGGCAACAUUGGUAACAUGGGCAUGCCUUUCAAGAACUUCAACAAUGGAAACAAUAACAAUAAUGGGGGAGGCAGAGGAGGACAUUUUCCGGGCGGGGGAGCAGGUGGCAACAAUCGCAACCAGCGAGGCGGCAAUCAGCGAAACCGCAACAUCUAAAAGCUUAUGUCUCCAGGAUAAUCCAGCAACACAAAAAGACUAUUUAUGCCAAAGUGAUGUUGAUGUUAUGCCCAUGCCCCUUUUCAACCCACUCCCAAAGUAACCCGCCCCAUAGAAAACGUUGUUUCCCCACCCCCACUUUAUUUUUAUUAGAAAAUCCGGGCUUCGACUGCUUUGUACAUUGUAUUUUAUUCCUUAAAUCCAUCAUUGUCACUAUUUUUUUGGCUAGGUGUAAGGAAUAACAUUUUUAGCACUACUACGUACUGAUAAAUGUAGUUAAGAGUAAGAACAAGGAAACUUAAGGAAGAAAAAUUGAGGAACAGGAACAGAAAGUAAAGUAUAAUUGGUAUAUCACCUUUUUUACCGAACUUUUUUGAAUAAUGUAGGAUAAAGUGUUUAUUUGUGCGUGUACUACAUCGAUAAUCUAGACAUACAAACUACAAAUAAAUAACAUGUUUUAAGUAAUGCGUCAUAAGUAGGUGUGCUAGGCCUUACCAAAAAUGCAGGCAAGGAGCGCCAAAAUCGAAA